CUGAUCUAUGCACAAACAAAGAACGUUAAUCAGAUUGUAUAGCUGUUCUCAAGCAUGUGACAAAAAGGCUCAUAAUGGUCUGGUGUCCGUCGCCGGCACCCGGUGACGCAACACUUGGCUUAAAUGAAGUUCCAACUUUGUAGAGGUAAAGGCAAUUUCGGCCUCCAGCGUUACAUCGACAGAAUGAUGGAAGUGCUUCCGGCCUAUCAGCUUUUCGGUAGCCCAAUUAACUGAAUAUUUGUGAACCAACGGUGACUGCUUAGCUGGCUGAACGUGCACAGACAGCAACAGAUCAUGAAGAACCGAUAACCUAUCUUCUUCAAUGCGACAUCGUACUUCAGCACACAACGAAAUAAAUACAAUAUUUUUUUUGAAGUUGUGUACCGAGCUCACCUGAUUACGUCGGGGAAACCGCAUGAUUGCCGAAAUGACCGCACGCGAAAGGCAAGUUUGAGUAUAUCAUUAAAAGCUCCCUUGAACUAAACACCGAGCAGGGAAAUUGGCAGUCGGUAGAAAUACUGAAUAUACCAGACAAGUUGGCUCUCGAUGUGGAUUAGGAACGAAGAUUUUUUCGUUAGAAAUUGUGUUAUUACUGUCGCUACUGAUCUAACAAGUUCGCUGCUAACAAAGUUGCUAGCCAUAACUUAUAGGCGAAACCAAUUACGAUACACAACUGCUACUUUUCGAACUUCUGUGAUUAGGAAGGGUUCCGGCGUUGGAAAGAUUGCCUUAUACCACUAAAUUAAGCAUAUCCAUAAGAAAGACAAAUCGUUUUGCAAGUGGAGAUGCGAGUCCGUUGGCUGCGUUCACAGGAUACAACAACGAAGAGUCGACUAUAUUCGGUAUAGGGGUGUGGCAUACAGAUCGUCGUAAGGGUCCCCAAGCUGGACACAUAAACGAAUACCUCAUUACUGCUGCUUAGCAACGUUGAGUUUUCAUUGUGACGGAUAUUCUGUGUGUGAACACAUAAUUUUGAUUGAUUUUUCGUUUUAUUAUGUGCAUUUCCCUGCCUCAAACUCGAUGAUGCGUCGAAUGUCUCCAAAUACCCUCAUUCGGAAGCCCCCCGGAAGUGCAUCUGCUAGCUGAGUACCUCGCAAUGUAGGAACUUUCACCAGGAAAACUGGCGAAACAAAAGUCUGACUAAUACGAAUAUGUGGGUAGCGGACAGCGUUCGAGGAAACUAUAGAUAUUUAGUGCAGUGUGUGAGCAUUUGUUAGAGGAAAACAAUGAAGUUGACCUGACGAAACAUAAUCUGUACAAAAAAAAAACAAAAAAAAACAGCAACCGUCAAGAUUGUUCGUAGAGGUGACAUAGACGAUGAUCCUGUGGGUACCCCAGGAGUGCUGCAACAUGUAUAGCUUUGUGACAGCGUAUCGAUUGUACUUCAUGCCACACAGCUGACGAUCGGUAACUGCGCCUUCGUUCAUAUUACCAUCAUUGUCUUAACGCGCUCGUAGCAAGCGAACCUCGAAUUUGUGACUGACUGGUCAACAGUUGUGGAAGUCAGCUAUUAAGUCUAAGUGCUCUGGACGAGCCUCACAAUGGACGCGUUACAUCGGCACAACAUCCAGAACGCAAUGGGUCAGCCGCGAAGGCCUUUGACGCAGGUGGAGCUCAUCGAUACCUAUGAUGAAGUACCCAAAGAAAGGAAUCACCGAUGGAAGACAAUCGGUCGCUCAAUGACCCCGUCAGCCGCUGGAUGCAGGCGUUCGAUCUUUCGUUUAUUCCCUGUCGUCUCAUGGUUGGCUUCGUACCGCGUCAAAGAUUAUCUCGUAGCCGACAUUGUUACGGGUUUCACUGUUGCGAUGUUUCAAGUACCUCAGAGUCUUGGAUACACCCUGCUAGCCGCAGUACCGCCUGUAUUUGCGCUGUACAAUUCAAUGUUCCCAAUGAUGAUGUACAUUCUUUUCGGGACGGUCAAGCAGGCGUCUGUGGGGGCCGAUGCCAUUAUAUCCAUGAUGACUGGAGGGGUGGUCCGUCAGAUUGUCGGCGACAUGUCCCACACGUCACACCCCGUCCAUGACGUAUUCGAUCCGGCUAAUGGAAACGUAUUUUCCGUUCAGGAGGUCACCUCGGCUCUCUGCGUAACUGUCGGAAUUAUACAGUUGGUAUUCGGAUUACUUAACCUAGGCUGCCUUAACGUCUUCUUAUCGGAACAAAUGGUCAAUGGAUUUUCAACAGGUGUGGCUGUGCAAGUAGCCCUGUCCCAGGUUGGCGCCAUCUUUGGUCUGCCAAUCCCGCACUUCUCUGGGAUGUUUACUGUUUACAAGACGCUUGAAUCCUUCUUCACGCAAAUAUCCGACAUACAUUUACCCACUCUAAUUGUGUCCUCAAUCGCCAUUGUUCUCAUUCUCUUCGUGAAAAUCGUACCUGAUCCAAUCCUCGUCCGCAAAUGUGGCCUUCCGGUUCCAAUCGAGCUUGUCACCGUGAUCGUCUUCACGGCUGCGUCAUAUCUAAUGCAGUUUGACAAGAUCUACAACAUCGCGGUUGUCGGUGAAGUCCCUGAAAAGCUUCCAGUUCCUCGAGCGCCUACGUUCAGCCCCAGCCUUCUGACGCGUAUUUGGGUGGACGCAUUUGCUAUUGCCGUGGUUUCAUUCGCCAUUACCCUUUCGCUGGGCCGCAUUUUUGGACAGAGGCACAACUAUGAAGUUGACGCCAACCAGGAAUUCUUGGCACUGGGCAUCGGCCACAUCUGGUCAUCAUUUUUCUCCUGCUUCCCCAUAGCUGCUUCCGUUCCUCGCAGUGCCGUACAGGAAAACGCCGGAGGAAAAACACAAAUCGUAUCAGUAGUCAACAUUAUCAUCAUUCUAUUUAUGAUUCUUUUCCUAGGACAUUACCUUGAACAACUCCCUAUUUGUAUCCUUGCCGCAAUAAUCAUCACAUCGCUUAAGAAGAUUGUGAUGCAGGUUCAAGACUUCAAACGUUACUGGGAUUUGUCAAAGAUCGACGGGCAAGUGUGGAUGGUAUCGUUCUUGGCUACGGUCUUCCUCGACGUUGUGUCGGGUUUAAUCGUCGGUGUUGCAUUUUCACUGCUUACUCUGGUUUACAAACUUCAGCGGCCGAAGGCGUUUCUUAUGGCCCAUGUACCUAACACCGAGUUUUUUGUGCCUGCCAGGAAAUAUCAGAAGCUUCGAGAAACGCCUGGAGUGAAAGUUUAUCAUUUUGGAGGAGCGAUGCAUUUUGCCAAUGCGGAAUUCUUCAAAGAGAAAUUGGAAGAAUCUUUGGGUUUCACAACCAAACAGGUUCGAAGGGCAAUGAAAAAAGCAAUUAAAAAAAGAGGCUCUCAGGACAGCUUACAAGCCGUUAAGGAAAGUGUUCAGGCCUAUGAUAGGACUGUCGCCGCUCUCGAACUGGGAAGCGCUGUCGUAUCUAGAGGCCCGUCGAUGCAGUCACAGCUUCCUAGUGAUAUAAUUCUUGACUUUUCGCGCAUAUCCUGGAUGGAUGGUUGUUCCGUAUCGGCGAUUAAGAACCUCACCUCAGACUACGCCGCAAUUGGAGUCCGCAUUUCCAUUGCUUCUUGCUCACCGGUCCUGUUUCGCUUCCUGAGGAAGAGUGGCUGCGAAGAGGCUAUUGGAUCUGCGAACUUCUAUCCGAGUGUCUACGACGCAUGGAAGACGGUUCGCAACCGAAGCUUUUCCCAAACAGACGCGUCUACACCAGUAAUUCCUAUUGUGGCCUCCCUUUGAGCAGUGGCUAAGGAUGUCUAGGGAUGUCGUCGUAUUUAUAUGCAUUUAUAUUGACAAUGAUGAUUAUUAUAAUGAUAAUAUUGUUUAUUUUUGCUAGGAUGUUACUGAUUCGUUACACGGUGCUGCAUGCUGUUCCAUUGAGAGGAUGGUGCGUUUGUUGUACUGUCUGGAAAGCAGCUGCCAGGAGUCUAUGACCUCCUUGAUGCCAUCCUACCUAAAUGAGUUCCUUCGAUUAAGCAAGCAUGCGUCUUUGCUAAUUUGAUGCAUUCAACAGGAUGCGAGAUCCGGUCCACUACGUAGAUAUACAACCCCUGUGUUGUGAGUACCCUUAUUGUUACCUUAUGAGCAGUAUACAUAAUACAAAAGAACAGCAUAUAUAGGGUCGAACCGCUGCCGAUUAAAUAGACGGUAAAAUCCCUUCACGAUUCGCCUAAACACCAACCUAUCACGACUGGGCUGAAAUCAAGCAAUCCCUGUAACAAAGCGUCGAACACACUAGCUGUCCCCUACAAAUUUCCAGCAACAGUCCAUCUUUACUAACUGGUUAGGCAAGUACGAAACGGAAAAUGAACCCAAAAGGUCGAUGAGCAGGAUCAGACCCGCGAAUCUCUAAAAAAAAAAAGUGGCUCGCUAAUUGUGUGCUUUUGAGGCAAAGAGAACACAGUCUGUCCUGUUGCAACGUUUCUGCCGGAACCUUAACGAGAGCUUUGUACGGGGCUCUAUGACGUUAGCUGAUUAUGGUCGUGGUUGAACAAUAAGAAGCUCAGCACUGAACUACAGUUGUUAAAGCUGUUGUCAAAGCGAUCCUUGUUUGCACAGAUAUUUGUUAGUGUUUUUUUGCUGAUUUGCACACCAUUAGCAAACGGCAGGUAUUAACUAUUUGUUAAGAAUGAUUCGUUGGAUUUAGCCAAUGCUUUGCAGUAGACGCCUUCAAUCGCACCGAGAUCGCCGGUUGUCUAAUAAAACUCAACAAUGGGGCGCAGAGCAGUUUUUUUCAGAGCCUUUCUUCUGCAGUUUUUUCAAGCCUCAUUCAUUCCAUUGCCGCUUCGACGUGAAAUCUUGUAUUUACAAGUUUUCUCCACUAUCCGUUAAUUGCUGUUAAAUAUUUGUUCUACGGCAGAUGAAUUCGUAUUAGCAAUAUACGGGCGCUUCAAUGAGUACAGCGUCUGAAAAAUGAAAGUGAUGAAAGAGAGCUGUUAGUUUGUAAUCGAAAUUUAUUUAGAAAAAAUAAAUAUGUGGCAACAUAGAUCGAUGGUGGAUUUUAAGUAGUUAACUUUUUCAUUUGACGGUUCGGUGUGGUUUGUCUAACUUACGAAAAAUAUUGACAAGCCAACCUAGCUAGCCCACUUCAUCGCUAUCAUGUCACAUAUUUGGAUGUUAACAUUAUAGCGCAGAAAUAUGCCCACACCAGGUCAUAUGUUGAAAAUCAUGGUACAUAUUAUUAUGCUAUUGAUUAUAUACCAAUGUGUGGGCAAAUGUGAUAUUUGGUACGUCGAGAAUUACUGUUACAAUUAUUAUGAAAUCAGUAAGUGGAUUACUGUUUACACAGAAUAAAUGAGCUAGACUAUAAUAACAUAUAUAAUAAUAUAAUAUAGUAAAUAAUAAUAGUAACAUAUAAUAAUAUAACUAGACUAGAAUAUUAGGUGUGUCUAUCCUUGUUAAGGCAGAGACACACUUAAUAUUAUUUUGUAGGUGUUAAGGAUUGUGUGACGUCCGGAUGCCGUUCUUGUUGUGCCGACAAAUCUCUACAUGAUACCAUUGAGGUAGGGAUAAUAUUGAAGGACAAAAUAAAACGUAUUGGUAAAUACAUGGAAAAUCACUGUCACCAUUUAGUUUGCUAGAAAGCUAAGGAUUGCAUGAUGACAGCCUCUCUUUAUAAACAAAAAAGGUGCGACAAAAAAAAUUCGCGACUAGAGGUGUUUUACAGGUCGCUAUGUGUUGACGGCGAUUGAGACAACGUUGCUGCCUUAAGACCUUUAAGUCCACGUAACGAGUUAUGAUGGUUUGUUGGAGUUUCAUUUAAUUGUGAAAACUCUGACCAGAGCGUAAAUAAGAUCAUUUCACGGCUUUUGAAACAUAAAACCAACAAACUAGAUAAUAGUACAUUGUCAUGCGCAGGCAAUAAACACUUUGCCCAACGCUUCGACGUUUGUUACGCAACACAUUCCCAUAUCUAUAAAUAAAAAGCACGACUUGUUAUGAGAUAUCAGAUUUGUAAGGUCGUUCUAACGGGGCAGACGUAGACAUCGAAUAGAGAUGAUAAAAGAUCAUGGUUCAAUUGUUCCAUGCGUCAAGGUCCAUGCAAUUGGCGGUCAUGUCUGACGCACAUUUGCAUAUAGUAGACAUUCUUAUAUAUACAUAUAUAUUUAUAUAACAUUAUAAAUGGUAGACAUUUUCGGCUCGUUUACAUCCACAUAUGCACACACGCAGUGAAAAGAAGGUGAAGAUGAAAAAAAAACUGAACGUAGAGGUGGAAAAACAAAUAACACUGAAGAAACACAACUGUGGCCGUUCGCUUCACUUCCAAGUAUUAAGUGUUACUAAAAUUAGAGUCGUAUAGUAUCGUGUACAUAGAAACUGUAUAUAUGUGACAAAUAGCUCAUGGUUACAAUAAGGAAAGACCUCGAGACGAGAAGACGGAAACUAGAACGAAGAAAUUAGGUGAAUAUUGAACGAAACUACAAAUUCUAGGCGUCUACAAAUGCUGUACCAAAUCAUGAACCAAUACGAUGUUGUAUCAGCUUUUGACGAUGUUGAUAAAAUCAAGUUGCUAUUGAAGCAAGUGUUAAAGGCAUCUACACACAAUCACCUUUACUUAUAACGUGUCACCUAUUUUAUCACAAAUAAAGACACGCAGUGUAAAUAAAGCUUGACCUUUCACUACUA